CUUUGGUUGGAUGUAAACAUCAACAGCUGUGUGCCUGCGUGUUUGUUGUGCUGAGCUGCUAUAUAGUAGAUUUGUAAUAUAUUUCUACGUGGAUUUUAAAUUUUCUUUGACGAUGAAUAUAUUCAGAUUAAUGGAAAUUAGUGCAGCACAAGCCACCAGGUGCACUGUGGAAGCAACUGUUGCUAGUGGUCUAGAAUCAGUACCAGCAAGUGAAUUCAAGAACGCUUUUCUCGCAGAACAUUGUACUUCUCGAGGAAGAGUAUUUGCUAACGUCUUAUCGAGUCAAAUUCCAGAGGUACUUCAGAUGCGAUCGGUGGACAAUCUUUCAUUAGUUGCGGAAGUAACUAAGGACAUAACUUUCAGCACGGCUGAUAAGGAACAAGAUCUCAAGAAAUUGGAGAAGCUAGCUUAUGCAAUCCACUGGGACAAGACACUUUUGCUGUGGAAGAAAAGUACAGAUUUUCAUGGAAUUCUGUAUCCUACAAGAGACCAGUAUGUUGCUUCUUUGGCUGUAGAAAAAGAAUUAAAAAGUAAACUGAAAUCUUCACUACAAGAGAGUGUUUCUGAAAUUGAUAAUGAUCAGAAUAUGGAAAAAGAACAUGAAGUACAAGAAGAAAGUCAGUCUCUGAAUAAUAACAUUUGCAGAGAGAAGAAAGCUGCUAAUAUUUUACUAUACAAUCAGCUGGAUUCUAGAAAAUUGUCUGAGAAAGUCCUGAAGUUCAGAGUCACUUGCUACCAUACUGGCAGCCAUGCAUUUGGAUCCCAGGAGGCUGCCACUGCCUUUGGAGGGACUCUCCAGGAUAUAUUUAAUUGGGUUGUAGACUUGACAUACUAUGACCUGGAAAUUGUUCUGAACAUAAAAGAGGAUUUUGUUUACGUAACUGUUCCACUGACAAAGGAGUCUUUGCACAGAAGAAGCAUAACCUAUUUUGGACCAACAACACUUCGUUCGACAAUAUGCUAUGGCAUGUUGACAAUAGCAUCUCCAGAAGUUGGAGACAUAAUUAUUGACCCAUUAUGUGGUGGAGGCUCCAUACCAAUUGAGGGUGCACUUUCUUUUCCUGGAUCAUUGUUCCUUUCUGGAGACAUACACCCAAAAGCUAUUGAACGAACCAAAUUAAAUAUCAAUGAGUUGACAGCAAAACAUGUGUCGAACAUCGAUGUUUUCAAUUGGGAUGCUCAAAAAUUACCCUUGAAAGACUCAUGUAUAGACCUUUGUGUAACAGAUUUGCCCUUCGGAAAAAGAAUGGGAUCAAAGAAGAAUAACAGCACACUUUAUGUGAGACUGCUGUUUGAACUAUCAAGAGUCAUGAAGACAUCUGGAAGAGCUGUGUUUUUAACAUAUGACAAGGGAAAUUUUGUAAGAGCUGUGUCAACAAUACAUGGGCUUUUUAAGAUGAUAAGAAUACUGACAGUUAAUAUUGGUGGACUGGCAGCUCGUCUUUAUGUAAUUCAAAGAACAGCAAAGGAGUAUCAGCAGUCUCUGCCACUGGAAGUCAAGAAAAGGCGAAAGAAGAAAAAUAAACUGGAAAAGUGAUUUGUGCCUUAAUGUAAUGCCAAAUAAAUAUUGGGGCUCUUGAUUUAUUUAUCUUACCUUUGUCAUAAAGAAAUGAGUAUUUGUUAUGUCCUCCUAAACUGAUGCUGAAAAGUAAUAUGCGUGAUAAGUGACUAGCCCUCCAGGUGCACAGCGAACCUGUAGUAACAAAUUGCAGAUCUCUCCAGUAUUUAAAGUGAAACCCAGUUCUUUGCUCCAUUGGACAAUAUUUUGAUCUGUACUGUACACAGACUCAUACAGUGUUUUCUUGUAAUGCUCUCCUGUGUGCAUCUAAUGAGGAGAACAUGGCAAGUGCCAUAACCCGAUUUCCCAGAAGCUUUGCUCAGUGAAAGAGGAGUCAAAAUAAAUGAACAUUUGUCUGGGCUUAUUCACAGAUACUAGACUGUUUGUGGGAAAACAACAGUUAAAGUUUUUGAGGCACUUUAUGUGCCUUUUACUGGGCAGACCAUUCAGCCAAAUUGGUGGUGCAUUGGCAAGCGUUACAGCAUCACGUUUCUGUGCCCCAUGUUCAAAACCCAAUUUAAUACUUUUAUUUUUGUUUUUCAUUUAUCUACCCAUUUUCCUAAAAGAUUACUACAUGAAUGUUUCCCAAUCUGUAUUGAAAUAAUGUUUUCCUUAUUUGCGGGCUAAUUGUAUGUGUGGUGAAUGAUUAAAACAAAGAAAGAAGAAGAGAGACAGAAACAAGAAAAAUCAAUAAAUGAAUGAGAAAACUA